GAGAGAGAGAGAGAGAGAACUCGAACACAUGCAACAAGCACAAACACAAUCCAUAGAGAAAAGACUGAUCAAGAACAUCAAUCAGUGGAAUUUGGGAAAAGUGCAUUAAUUAUAUAGAGUUUAAUUUGCAAGAAGAUGAUGAUGGGAGCUAUGGAGAAACCUUUGAUCAUGGCAAACAACGCAUUUGGUGAAACAGAGAUGGCUAUCCAAGAGAUCACUAGAGGCUACCAGCUUACUAAACAAAUUCAGUCCAUGGUCUCAAAACUCGGCGGUGAGCCGGCGCCGUUGCAGCUUCCCGGUGUCCUCUUUGAUGAGGUACUUCAAGCUUUGACCAUGGCUUUAACAAAUCUCAAGUCAACUACUUCAAGCUCUGUUUGCCUGAUCAGUGAUGAUCACAGGACUAACACUUCAAUUGAGAUCAAGAGUGGAUCUAGAAAAAGGAGAAAAGUGAUUCCAUGGACAAAAGUUACUUAUGCUCCCCAUGAUGAUGGUUACCAGUGGAGGAAGUAUGGGCAGAAGAACAUACAGAAGUCCAAGAGUUCAAGAAGUUAUUACAGAUGCACUUACAAAGAUGAAGGGUGCCGAGCAACAAAGCAUGUUGAAGAGAAGGAUUGCAAUGAUCCACAUUUGUUCUCGGUCACUUACUAUGAGAAUCACACAUGCAGAGCCAAUAGUGAUCCCAUCAUCACCACUCCAGAAAUCGAACUAGAUCAACUUCUUCCAAAAGAGCCAAACUUGUUUAGCUUUGAAUCAAAUGACAAUAUGUUCUCAUCCCUCAAAGUAUCAGGAACUCAACAAAGCGUUAAUGAACAAGAAAGAUCAGUUGACCUUCAAAACAUACACAAUAUUAAUGAUAAAGCAUCAAUUGAAUCAGUGGCAAACAGUGAAGAUUGCUUGGGGCCUAUUUUUGAGGCUUGCAGUGAGGGUGAAGGUAUACCCACAAGUGCAUGCCUGUCGCCACCUUGGGAAGUUAUGAGCAUGGAUUUCUUGGUCCAGUACUCUUCCUUUGGAUACGAUGAUAUUUUUGGCUUUCCGUGUUUCUAAUUAUAUUAAUGGAGUUCUGAUUAGCAAAUAUAUAAGUCAAAAUAAUGGGGGUUUAAUUACUAUCAUUUGAUGUGAAAAACUUUUUAAACCUACAUUAAUUACGAAGACUUAUUUUUGAGAUCGAGUCUCGCUUGAUUGGGAACCAACAUUAGGAACUCAAUGCUUUUGGGUUUUUUUUUGGGAUAACUAAGACUUUUUUUAAUGCUUUUGGGUUGGGAGCCAACAUUAGUAUAGUAUCAAUUAUUUUACACACACAGACACACAAACACUGUCACACACACACAGAUGGGUUGGGAGCCGAUUAGUAUAGUAUACAUUUAUUUCACACGCGCGCAGAGAGAGAGAGAGAGAGAGAGAGAGAGAGAGAGUAUUCUGAUACCAUGAAGUGAAUGUGUACGGUUGGCUAAUUAAUUUUUUAUUUUGCACAGGUUAUGAUUAUUAUCUUUGUUAUAUUUGUAAAAUAAAAAAUUAAGAGAGAAGGAGAGAGAGGAACAGCAGAGCAUUUUUCUCCUUCAAUUACCUCCCCCAAGCAAAAU